AUGCCUGCAGCGUCCACAGAUACACUUAAAUGUGUCAGAAAUCAGCUCGAAAUAUGUAAUUUAAUUUCUUCUUUUAUGUAAACUCGGAAAUUGCUACUUGGUUUUCCUUGAAUUUUACUGUUUGCGAUUCAAAUUAACAGCAGCACCCUCUUUCUUUGUCCAACAUGUUCCGGAACGGUACUCGCUCCAAGAUGGCGCUCUGUAAAAUUUUAGCACAUCGAUUCGAGAAGAAAGAACCUGCAUUUACGAAAUCUUAGCAUGGAUCAGGAACAAGCCGAAGAAGAAUCACUCGAGUCUCACGUGAGGGACCUUGUGCUGGAAAGAGAAAUCGGAAAAGGAUCCUAUGGAAAAGUGUACAAAGCUUUGUGGAACGGAAGAGAAGUAGCAGCGAAAAGGUUUCACGCCGCUCUCGCUAACAGUGGCUACAGCGAAAUAAUCGAUCAGAUAAGGGAAGAGUUCCAGCGAGAAUGGGAAAUCCUUAAGUCACUCAACCAUCCAAACGUGGUCAAAUUCUAUGGAGUUGAGUUUCCUAAGGGACGAUUGCCUAUAAUUAUUACGGAGCUCUUGCAUUGUGAUUUGGAAAGGUUCAUCAGAGAAUCGAAGUCAUCCCCAAAAGUCCCAACAAUGAAUCUGUUAUGCAUAGCCUUAGACGUGAUUCAAGGUCUUCAGUACAUGCAUGGCUUAGGAAAUCCGAUUGUCCAUCGCGACCUGGCAACAAAGAAUAUUCUACUGACACAUGCUGGCACUGCCAAGAUCGCUGACUUGGGUGUGGCUAAAGAAUUUGUCCAAGGGUACGAAAUGUAUGCCACCCCGGUGCGAGGCACACUAGUUUAUGCAGCGCCAGAAACUUAUCCUGUUAUGGUGAAUUUUGAAGUGGUGGACAAUGCAAAGUAUGGACCUAAAGUGGACAUAUUUUCGUUUGGUGUCAUGUUACUAGCCAUGGCUGUUGGACAUGAACCAAAAGUCUCUUCACUUUCUCCAAUCACCAAAGAUGGUAAGAAGAUCAGUGAACAUGAACGCCGCAAAACUGACAUUGACGAGAUGGGAGAUCAUUUAGUACAAAGUUUAGUACUCAGGUGUUUGGAGAAUGACAGCGAGUGUCGUCCAUCUGCCAAAGAUAUCAAAGCAGAAUUAGAGAAGCACAAGUGGAACUUGGUGUGGCAUUCUGAUUGUUAUGAAAUGGAUGAAGAAGCUGUGAUUGAAAAGGUGGAACGCCAACCCACGUAUGACUAUAAGUUUAAGAUCCUCUUUAUAGGCAAUGGAGGAGUGGGGAAGUCAUGCCUGUUUCAGCGCUUUCAAGACCCUCGUUAUAACAUUGGUUUUAGUACAACAACCAUAGGUUUGGGAAUUGACUUUGAGUCUUUCAAGUAUGGCUCAAAAUUUGUACAUUUAGAGGUAGUGGAUACUGCUGGGCAAGAAUAUUUCUUUGCUCUGCAAGCAAUGUAUUUUCGUGGGGUACAUGGUAUUUUUCUUGUGUGUGAUGUAACAAAUCGUGAAACUUUCCAUCACAUUCCCAAGUGGCUAGAUGUAGCCCACCUUUACUGUACUGAAACUAAUGCUUUGGUUAUUCUAAUUGGCAACAAAAUUGACCAAGAAAAGAAACGGGAAGUUUCUCGCGAAGAGGGUGAAAAGUUUGCCAAAUGUCAUGGGCUAAGCUACUUGGAGGUUAGUGCUUUAGAUGUUGAAAAAAUUGAACACAUGUUCAAAACAAUGAUUCGACUUCUCACAAGGUCUGUUGACCUUGGUACAAUUAAAAUUGAACUUGCUGAGCCUGACAAUAAGGUAAAGUUGACAGAAGGUUCAAAGAAGUCCAAGUGCAAAAAGUGUAACUCAACAUGAAGUUGUUCCUUUGUGGAUGCAGAACAGGUUACUUUUUAACAUUUCUUUCAUGUCAUAGUGUUUUAUACUAUUUGUUAGUGUUAUGUUGUAUGGAGGUAGUAGCCCUGGCCUAACACUGCAGGAGAUAGCAUUGAGGAGUAUCUUUCCUCUUGCCAGAGGGAGUGCUCCUCCAUUUUGGGUAACCCGCCAAUAUUGACAGUUUUCCUCAACAUGUUUAUACACCUAGAUGUAGACAGGCAUUUUAAGAGGAUGGUGUCUUGCCCAAGAAUGCAAAGGGAUGAAGCAGCCAUGGCUCAAACAAGGCCCUCUUAAUUUUGAGUCCAGAAGUCUGAUCAUUAGGCUGAAGUGCACCACCACCUAUAUCAUAUGGUCAAGUUACUUUCACCCUUUAACUUCCAUGAGUGACUAAGACAGAAUUUCUCCUUACAGUUUCAAAAAAAAAAAUCAAGCAGACAAGUGAUAGGAAUAAAAAAAAAAUCAAUUAUUAAUGGUAAUGGGACUGAGUAGGGCCCAACCACAAAGUAGGAGUCUGAUUUCUGAACCCUGGUGCACACUUGUGAGAUAAGCACAGGCAUGAGCUCAAGGAUGAUCACACUAGCGACUUACAAGUGCACAGUGUAAGUCACAUCUGUGGAGAAAAAAGAUAGCGGAAGAACUGUUGGUUGCUGCUAUGAUGUUGCUCUUGCUACUUAAAUAGAGGAGGCGAUGAAGACUCAAACAUCAAAGUAAUGGAAGGCAUCUGUGGGUAAAAGAUUUUAAAUCAUUUCUUGGAUCCUUUGCUAACCUGAUUUCAACCUCAGAUUUUGUGCAGUUUCACACCAUGCCAACUCCUUUUUAUAGGCAUCCUUCAAUUAAAUCAGACGAAAAGUUAUCUUAUAGAAUGGGAUAACAUCUUACAAGCUCCACCAAUUUCUCAUUGCCAAUGGUGUACACUUAGUGUAUACUGGCAUUUUCUUGUGCUUAUGCUUGUAGUUAUUUCACAAGUGUGAACCAGGCUUUAAUUACAUGUAUGACUACAGAUGAAUUGGAAGGCCUGAAAUUCCAUUACCAAUUAAUCAAAACCAUAACAACAUUUGCGAAAAAAACUAGCCAUUGGUGAAACAUUUUCAAACAUGUAACUCAAUGAAAUGCACAGCGACAGCACCUGCACAUAAUGCAUACUGUCUAUUUACACUCUCCAAUCACAAGUAUGAUGUGUACUCUGUCCUAUUAGUGCUCAAAUGGGGCUGGUAAUAACCAAUCAUGUUCAAGAAUUUUGUUAUAGUUUUAAUUAGGGGACUAUUAGUUGAUUCAAAACCAAAUUCUCGAAACUAAAAUGAUAUGUAUUGUGUAGCAGACAUUAAUGAGAAUUACUAUCGAGAUCUAGGAAGUCAAGGGCUCAGAAAUGGAGUGAGUUUUUUUGUUUGAAUGACAGAAAACAAAUGAAAGCCUCAUGUAGCUAAAACCUGUUGCAGCAGUGAAAUAUUAAUAAUUAUUGCUUCAGUUUCAUCUUAGCUUUGGGUAAUUAACUUUUGGUCAAAGCUCAAAAGUUAUGUGCAAAGUUUCUUAUAUUCUUAUAAGUCCACAAUUUAAAUCCUUGUACUCUAUCAGUGGGUAAAAACUUACUGUUUUGAAGUACUUGCAGAUAUUCCCUUGAGGAAAUUAAAUUUUUUUGGCCUUUUUGUGGGAAACUUUCCCUUUCUUAUGAGAUAGUGUGUUGCAUGACACACAGGAGAAAGGCUUUUUCAAAGAAGGUACUUUUAACUUUUGCAGUAGUUUUCACAUUUACUAUGCUUACUCAGAUUUGACUCUGUUCAGAUUUGACUCCUUUAUUUAUAGUUUACUAGACACUGACAUUAAAAAAAAAAGUAGAUGUGAGCCGAAAAUGAGUUAUUUUGGAUCGUUUUUUAUGUUGUUAAUAUUUUGUAUUGUAGAGGAUUUUAUGGAAAUUCUUGCUAAAGAAAGAUAAUUAUUACAUUUACUAUGCCUGCAGUCAAAACGAAAUGGUUUAAUUACCAAUAGUAAUUUUUAGAAAAAUUUUCAAAAAGGGGUCACAAUGGAUAACUUUCCUCAGAUGUGGCAAUGUAAGUAGUAGUUAAAAUGUUUCAGAUAAUUUGUAGAUAAUAGAAUUGAAGGAUAGCUUAAUUUAUACAAGCUAUAACUAGAGCUCUCUGUAUUGUUGUUUUGUAUUCUAAAGGACAAAAGAAACAUUUUAAUGAUGUACUAUUACAAGAAAUGAGUUCACAUAUUCUGUCAGGGUUUCCAAAGACACAUGCAUUAAAAAAAAAAAACAUAAAAGCACCUAUAUUUUUUCAAGUGUUUGAAACCCUGACGAAACACAAUGCAUGGGUGCAGAGGUGCAGUAUAUUCUCUUACUACUUAACACUAUUUUCCACCUCCCACAUUAAUUUUUCUUAACUAUUU